GGACUUGUAUCGUUUUAUUUACAAAUGAUUCUCAGACAGACUAGACGGAACGAAUGUGCAUGUCACUGUGACGGAACUCUGAAGAGGUGCACAAAGACAGGCAAAACAGUCGUGAUAUCAAACGAGUCGCGUCAGGUAGAUCGUAAUUUAAUAUACUCUUUGAACUAACCACAAUUGCUCUGCUUAGAAUAUAUAUAGCUUGUAAUAUCCUUUGAACUCGGGAUGAUCGAAAGUAGACCACAGACCGAUAACAAUGAAAUGCCUGACAGCUGACAGGCGGCCACAUCGACUCACCUAGCGGCGGGCUAACGAAACCUAACAAAACACAGCUAGCUAGUUAGCGUUAGCUGGCAAUAUAUACUGUGUUGUGAUGUAGCUGUGUACCUUCGCGGAAGUCUCUUACUUACGUUUUUGAAUUUCACUUACGUUUUUGAAUUUAUGUCUGUCAAGAAAUAUCUACUGAAAGCGAAUAUAGCGAACUAGCUUGUUAAUGUUAACGUGGCAGAAUGUCAGGGCUGCUUGCGUGUUAGAUAGGGAUAGCUAAGUUAGCUAAACAAAUUAGCAGGACAUUGGCUGGUGACCAUAUCCACAUUUGGAUGGGUGGUGGCUAGAUUUCGCAAUUGUCCUCACUGUCACUUGGAGCAUUUGAUAGAAAACGUUGUCAACAUGCCUGGAAUGGUAGCGUUUGGUCGGCGAUGGGGUAUCGCCAGUGAUGAUCUUGUUUUCCCUGGUGCUUUCGAAUUGUUCAUCCGAGUAAUAUGGUGGAUUGGCUCGUUAGUUCUGUACUCCAUCCACAAGGGUCAUUUUGAUUGUGAUGGAGGCACAGUCCUUCAUAGUUACCUCGUCGUUCUGCUUGUGCUCCUAGCCGUCAUCAUCUUUUCACUUUGCGCGAUUGUUUAUGUUAGCGCACAAGGCACCAUAAUGAAUCCGGGUCCUCGACGCUCCAUGACCGCUUUGGUGUACUUUCGGGCUCUUCUGUAUAUUCCCGAGUUCAUCUGGGCCUGUCUUGGAGCUAUUUGGGUGAACGAUGACAGUGGAGGAUGUGACCCUGCCGCUGUAGGGGGCGUCAUUGGUGCAGUUAUCUCCAGCUGGAUCCUCAUCUUCUUUACGGUGGUCGGCGUGCUGGUGGUGUUCGACCCGUUGGGCAGCCAGCGACGCACAGCGCUAGCUGAGCAGCAGGGCCUGCGGGACCUGGAGAGCAGCGAGGGGGCCCAGUUCCUGUCGACAGCGCGCUCGCUGGCGGUGCGCGUGUGGGAGAGCCGCCUGCGUCUGCUCUGCUGCUGCCUGCCCCAGGAUGACUCGCACCGCGCUGCCUUCAGCGGCAUCGCCCAGCUCGUCAGUGGCUUCUUCUCGGACACAGACCUGGUGGCCAGUGACAUCGCUGCGGGACUGGCCCUGCUGCACCAGGAGCAGGAUAAGAUGGAGCAGUGCAGGGACCCGGAUGAUGUGGUGUCUCACAGCCCCUCCUCUCCAAUAAGGGAAGAUCUAGAGAUCGAGCUGGAAAGAGCCACUCACUGCAUGCAGUUUGCUGCGGCUGCAUAUGGGUGGCCCAUGUAUGUCUACUCCAACCCGCUAACUGGCCUCUGCAAACUCAGUGGAGACUGCUGUCGGAGCCGCAGCACUCAGUAUGACAUCGUCGGGGGCGACAACCUGGGCUGCCACUUCACCUCGAUCCUCCAGUCCACGGGCCUGCAGUACAGAGACUUCAUCCACGUCAGCUUCCACAACCAGAUCUACGAGAUCCCUUUCUUUGUUGCUCUUGAUCACAAAAAGGAAUCCAUUUUGGUGGCUGUGAGGGGAACGCUGUCACUAAAAGAUGUGUUGACUGACCUCUCAGCGGUAUGUGAGAACCUUCCUAUCGAGGGUGUCUCAGGAGCUAGUUAUGCACACAAGGGAAUUUCUCAGGCAUCCCACUACAUCUAUAAGAAGCUUGUCAACGAUGGGAUUCUGAGGCAGGCCUUCUCUAUUGCACCAGAGUACAGGCUGGUCAUCACAGGUCACAGUCUGGGUGCUGGCACUGCCGCCAUCCUGGCUGUCCUACUGCGCAACAUGUAUCCCACACUGCAGUGCUACGCCUUCUCACCACCAGGGGGCCUCAUGAGCAAAGCUCUGGCUGAUUACUCUAAGGAGUUUGUGGUGUCGGUGGUGCUGGGGAAGGAUCUGGUCCCUCGGUUAAGUUUGCCCAACAUGGAGGACUUGAAGAAGAGGAUACUAAAAAUGGUCUCUAAUUGCAACAAACCCAAGUACCGCAUCCUGCUCCACGGCUGCUGGUACGAGGUGUUUGGCGGCGAGCCGGACGACUUCCCCACGGAGCUGGAGAACCGCGAGGAGGAGCUGAACGCUCCGCUGCUGGGCGAGGAGAGCCUCCUGGUGCGCAGCUCCGCCUCUUACCAGAGCCUGGCGUCGGACGACUCGCCCACCAACACCACGCACCUACCCCUCUACCUGCCCGGCCGGAUCCUGCACGUCAUUGAGGAAGGGCCCACACGCAGAUCCUGCUUCUCGCAGCCGAGGUACCGGGCGGAAUGGGCGUCCAGCGACGCGGCGUUCCGAAGUGUCCUGAUCAGCCCACGGAUGCUGGUCGAUCACAUGCCAGACGCGGUGCUGCGGGCGCUCCAGAGUCUGGGAAGCGCGCGGGGGUUCUCAUUCUGCCCCUCCUCCAUGAGUAACAGCCACCUCAACGUCAUAUGAGACGCCUCCGCUUCCCUCUGCCAAAUCACCACCUCGAACUUUAUAAGCGGAUGUACAUUCAGAAGGACAUGUCUGGGAGCUGUGCAAUGCUGUUUUUUUUUGUUUCGCUGUAUGUCUGUCGCGUGCUUAUUUAUUGAUUUAUUCAUCCCUUGGACAUUUUAGUGUAAGUGGAUAGAAUUGUAAAUGAUUCAGAGAGAAUUGCAGUUUUUGCUGGAAACGAAGUGUGCGUAUAUAUAUAUAUCAUCAAUUUUGAUGUUUUGGGGAAUGUUUCAACAAGAAAAAAAAAAAGUGUGGAAGAAACUUGUAAGUGAAUGGAACACUUCAGAGCUCCUAAUUGUCUGUGUUUUGAUCUUUGUCUGGGACUUUUAAAGAAUCAGGGUGAUCAGUGCCUAUGCAUAAACGUCAAAAACAAGUCACCAGGAAUCACGUUGUGAUCUGAAGGAGCAAUGUCACUCCAUUUCAAACUUUGUUUUCUCUGCAGUGAGUGCAUGAUAUCGAAGCAUUUAUUUAGCAUGAAAACAGUGCAGUGCUUUCGAGAGGACAGCCCAUAACCAUGCCAUUUGUGUAUUAACUCAUCCGUAUGCUGACAUAUUGUGCCCUUAAUGUUGUAUUUAUUUUUGAACCAUUAAAUACACUGUGGAAAUGUA